CGGGCCCGCCCCCUCACAUUGAGCUGUGUCUCCUCAGUACUGAAGGCGCUCGGACAGGCAAGGAUGGCUUCCUGGAGAAUGUGUCAGCUUAUGCUGCGGGCAGCUCCCCGCUCUGCCUCCGUCCCCAGGACUCUGAACCUCAGCAGAGCCUGCACCAGGGCCAUGAGCGCCGGCGGUAUUCCCACUGAUGAAGAGCAGGCCACUGGACUUGAAAGGAAAAUUAUGGUGGCUCUGAAGAAAGGCGAGGAUCCAUACAACAUUCUGCCGAAGGUAUCCUCUCCAGGGACGAAAGAGAACCCCCAUAUUGUGCCCUCCGUCAACAAACAGAGAAUGUUGGUUGUAUUUGUGAAGAAGACAAUUCUGCAGUUAUCUGGUUCUGGAUCCAUGAGGGAGAAGUAAACCGCUGUCCACAGUGUGGCUCUCAUUACAAGCUUGUUCCAUAUGAGCUUCCACACUAACAACUGUGACUCCUGAUACUGUCUGUAUCUUAUUAAACCCAGAGCAUUUUAUUAUUAAAGUCUUGACCUGUUAAAUGUGA